AGCGCCUCUCCUUCCCCGUGAGACAUCCCGAGCCUCCGUUCCUAUAGGUGUCACUGUAGUCGCCCCCUCCUUUCCAGGCGGCUCCUCCGAACCUGAAGGGUGUGUUUUUGAAGGUUGCGUGCGGCUAUAACACCACUGCGGACAGGAUCUGCCGCCACAGGACCCGACAGCCCGGGAGAAGCCCCAGAAGCCGGGGCGGAGCGCAGCGCGAGCGUCGCGCCAUCCUCCCUCCCGCCCUCCCGCGCGCGCUGCUCAGACCCGAAUCAACGCCCCGACCUGCCGGCGGGGGCGAGAAAAUGCCGCAUACGCGGACCCCGGCGCGGAAAAGUUGAAAUAAUCCCACGCGGAGCGCGAGGGAAGAUGCGAUGCGGUAGCCGCGCGCCUUCCGUUCAAGGUCAGUAUCGGAGCGACGCGGCGUAGGCACGGACCGGUCCCUUGGGCUGCUGCAGGGGGAUGCCGCUGGCCCCCCGCAUCGACGCUGACAUCCUUCCCCGGAGAGGACGCUGACGGUCCGUGACACCGAACCGGACCAACGUACCGCCGCUGUGGUGAAGCGUCUCCAUCUUCGGCAUCCAACCAACGGCCCCGCGCGUCGGUGCGGCUGUCUACCUGGCCGAACUCACGCUAGCUAGCGUUCACCGGCCGAACUGGGCUUUCGGUUCGGUUUAAGCUAGUCGAACCGAGCGUUAAAGUUACUGCGAACCGUAGCUUGGCAGCGGCGCGAGGUCGUACCCCGCUGCCGCGCUACUUCCUGGAAGUGUUCGGCUGCGAAGUGGACUUUAAAACUAAAUCCAAGCUAACUUGAAAGCUACUUCGACAUGACUUCGAGGAGCAGUUCGCGCAGCCGCGCCGGCUUCGCUCGGCGGCUGCCGGAGCGCGGGCUGCUGCUGCUGGUGCUGCUCGUGCUCCUGGAGGGCACCGUGCUGCCUCUGGGAGCCGCCAGCUCCCCGGACGUGGGCCACGCGGAGCACCCGAGCGAGCACGGCGCGGAGCCGGGGGGGCACAACAUCACCAAGAAGGCUUUCCCCGUGCUGAGCCUCGACUACGACCACGUCCGGCUGCCGUUUGAGAUCGCGCUAUGGGUCCUGCUCGCCUCGUUGAUGAAACUGGGUUUCCACCUGGUUCCUCGUCUGUCCAACAUCGUGCCAGAGAGCUGCCUGCUCAUUGUGGUGGGUCUGGUGGUGGGCGGACUCAUCAAACUAGCUGGAGAGAAGGUCCCGCCCGUGAUGAACGCCAAUGUAUUCUUCCUCUGCCUGCUGCCCCCUAUUAUCCUGGACGCUGGCUACUUCCUGCCCAUACGUCCCUUCAUGGAGAACCUGGGCACCAUCCUGAUGUUUGCUGUGGUGGGCACUCUGUGGAACGCCUUCUUCAUCGGCGGCCUGCUGUAUGCUGUGUGUCAGAUCCAGCCCGCCAACCCGUCAGACCUCCACCUAAUCGGGCUCCUGCCCUGCCUGCUGUUCGGCUCCAUCAUCUCCGCCGUGGACCCGGUCGCUGUCCUUGCUGUGUUUGAGGAAAUCCACAUCAAUGAGCUGCUGCACAUUCUGGUGUUCGGCGAAUCACUGCUCAACGACGCCGUCACCGUGGUGCUGUACCACCUUUUUGAGGAGUUUGCAGGCGUUGGUACCGUGACCCUGAUGGAAUGCUUCCUUGGAUUCAUCUCCUUCCUGGUGGUGGCGUUGGGUGGUGUCCUAGUGGGAGCCAUCUACGGGAUCCUGGCUGCCUUCACCUCACGCUUCACCUCCCACACGCGUGUCAUCGAGCCCCUCUUUGUCUUUGUGUACAGCUACAUGGCGUACCUGUCAUCGGAGAUGUUCCACCUCUCUGGCAUCAUGGCGUUAAUAUCGUGUGGGGCGGUGAUGCGACCCUACGUGGAGGCCAACAUAUCCCACAAGUCUCACACCACCAUCAAGUACUUCCUGAAAAUGUGGAGCAGUGUUAGCGAGACUCUGAUUUUUAUCUUCCUGGGCGUGGCCACAGUGGAUGGACCUCACUCCUGGAACUGGACGUUUGUCACAGUCACCGUCAUCCUGUGUCUGGUGGCGCGAGUUAUAGGUGUGGUUGGUCUGACGUUCUUCAUGAACAAGUUCCGCAUUGUAAAGCUGACCACGAAGGACCAGUUCAUUAUAGCCUACGGUGGCCUGCGAGGCGCCAUCGCCUUUGCCCUCGGCUUCCUGCUCGACAAGGAACACUUCCCCAUGCGAGAGAUGUUCCUCACCGCCAUCAUUACCGUCAUCUUCUUCACGGUCUUUGUUCAGGGCAUGACCAUCAAACCCUUGGUGGACCUGCUUGCAGUGAAAAAGAAGCAGGAGGCCAAGCGCUCCAUUAACGAGGAGAUCCAUACUCAGUUCCUGGACCACCUCCUGACUGGAAUUGAGGACAUCUGUGGACACUAUGGCCAUCACCACUGGAAGGACAAACUGAACCGCUUCAACAAAAAGUAUGUGAAGAAGUGCCUGAUUGCAGGCGAACGAGCCAAAGAGCCACAGCUCAUCGCCUUCUACCACAAGAUGGAGAUGAAACAGGCCAUUGAGCUGGUGGAGAGCGGUGGGGGAGCCAAGCUGCCUUCUGCUGUGCCUUCCACUGUUUCCAUGCAGAACAUCCAGCCGAAGAAGCCUCUUCCUAAGACUGCAGAGCGAGCCCUGCCCCAGCUGCCUAAAGGCAGAGAGGAGGAGAUCAGGAAGAUCCUCAGGAGUAACCUUCAGAAGACGCGGCAGAGGCUGCACUCCUACAACAGACACACUCUGGUGGUGGAUCCAUAUGAAGAUGGAGUGACCAACUUUAUCAAGAAACAAAAGAUGAUUCAGCUAGAGAAGAAGAUUAAAGAGAUGAAUAAGUACCUGACUGUGCCCAGUGCCGCUCCUGACUCACCAACUAUGUGCAGAGCCCGACUGGCCUCAGGCAGAGAUACUGAUUACAAACCUGAUCAGCAGCAGAAAGAGAACAAUCUCUGCUCAGACCCCCAGGCCUACAACGUGAAGCUCGACUCUGGAAAGGUGCCGACCAUCCAGGUGGACCUGGCCUCUCCCCAGUCUCCAGACUCUGUCAACGUGAUGGAUGAGUUUAUAAAGGCCGAUGCAGGGGACGAGGACAGCGGCCUGAUGAUGAAGCCCCCUAGAAAACCCGGUGAGGAGGACGGAGCCCGGGACCAGCAGAAGCUGACGCGGUGCCUAAGCGACCCCGGUCCCAGCGCGGACGAGGACGAGGACGAGCCCUUCCUGCCUUAAUGUGGCGACGCGAGCGUGAAGGCAUCCGGCUGCAUGUCCAUCUGUAGAGGGCUGCUCCACCGCUCCGCGCGAAAAUAUGUCUUUGGUUCAGAAACCAAAACAAGCCAAAACUGCUAAUGUACAAACCAGAAACAGGAAGCAAAAGACAAAAUAAGCAGGCGCUGCUACUGGGAGGUGAGAUGCCGGAGUCUGAGACAUCAGGAAAGAACUAUGCAUUACCAAAGGUUUGGACUGUUUCAGUGUCAGACUAUCAUUUUUAUUUUUCGUUACCUUCUCUCUACACCUGUUAUUCAGUGUAAUCGCUUGAGCAAACUAUUUCACUCCAGUUGUCACUUUCUUACAUACUGUUCUUUCAUUUUCAUCCUGUCACUUGUAAUUGCUGGAUACCCAAACCUUUAGAGUGUAGCUAGUCGAAAAUAUUCUGCCUUAUUUUAUUGUUAUCACUGUCCUGCGUUUAAGGACACUAACAUCUGUUUGUCAUGGGUUUGCUCCAGUGAUUGUGGGAUGUAGUUUAUAGCCGGGUGUGUUUAGUCACCGUGCAAAGCGUUGUAGUUCUUUGUAGUCGUUCUCACAGAGAUGCAGCCUUGUCCUGUGGCUGUGGCCAGAGUGUGUGUGCGUGUGUGUGUGUGUGUGCAUGUGUUUGUGUGUGUGCGUGUGUGCGUGCGUGCGUGCCUGAAGAACUCCUCACUGUUUGAAGACGUUGACCUAUAAAAGUGGGGCAAAGCUGAGUAUUCGGGAAGCUUGUGGACGAGGCAGUGAUGCAACACAGAUGUUAUGAUGUCAGCCAUCAUGCUCCACAUCCCAUCCAGCUCUCUAAGUCACACGCUGUCACAUUUCUGUGUGGAUGGUGUAUGUUUGGGUUUAGAGCACUCUUCAAAGCCAUCGAGUAGAGUCAGGAGAAGGGGUAGAGUCGUUCAAAUCAUAGAGAGACGUGCACGUUUGACACUAACUUAACUUAAACGUCCUGGCAACAAAACCCUCUAUGCAGCAAAGAAGUGUGUAGAUUUGAUGAAAAUAUAAUAUGUUCUAAUUAUGAAUGCCCUUUAAAACUGAAGUCUUGUUGUCUUGAAAAUAUAAAGAGUGAGUGAUAGAAAUGGGCAUUAUUAUAAACAUAAUCAGAAAAAGCUGUUUCUCACAGCUUCACACUGAACUGGAAUAUGACCUGAACCAUUGAAAACACAUGACUUAUGACUUGACUUAUCACAUAUCUUCUGUUUUCAGUACCUGGAAAAGAACAAAAAUGGGAGUCACUGGAAAAGACGGGUUCUCAGUCAGACGGGUUCUCUGUGAGACGGGUUCUCAGAUGAUUUUGGCUCUGGAACACAGUCUGACGGAGCUUCACUGAGUCACUGUUCCACUCUUUGUGGCUGUUUUCUAGGUGUUGGUGGCACUGAAUCUGUCCUGAUCCUCUUACACCCAGAAGGUUCUUAUUACUGCGGAGUGGAAAAAGCAGAGUAAUCUGUCGGCUCUUUGUGCUCACUGUUCGUCUUUCCGUGUUGUGGUCAGCGUAGUGAGAGUCGCAGUAAUACUUUGUCUGUGCACCUCCAAAUCUGAGCGUAGCUGCACCUAAAGCGUGUUUGCUCCUAUUUUUUCCGCCUCCGACACUCUUCGUGCUUUCCCAAGCAGCGAUAGGAUAAUUGCAGCCGCGGGACCGGAGGGUCAAAUCUUAAAGCAUUUCGUUUCCCUGUCUCAGCCCAAAUUGAAUUUCCUUUUCUCAAAUGUCAGUGGGUGUGUGACAGCGUGUCGGAGGAGAGAGGUGUGCUGAAAAUGUCAACGAGGAUGUGGUAAAAAAAAAAAAGACUGCUUAAAUGGCUGGACGGACGAGCCCAGUGACACGCGGCUCCUUUCCCAUCCUGAGGUCCUCCUUCUGUUGUUGAAAGUGGUAUUUAUAGGCAGCACAGUGAAUAAAGACGCACCAGGAAAGUUUGGCAGGUCUGGAUAUGUGAUGCUCUGAGAUAUUGUGUUACUGUCUCUCUCUCUGACGACACUUUUAAUGGGAGGAAAGCUUCAGGAAGGUUCCAGCAGGUUUUAUUGUGAAUGUGUGUGUGAAUGCGAAGCAGAUUAAUUCUCUGUGAGAAGAAUCCUAAUCUGCACGGCUCUAUUUUCAUAUCAGAAUGUGUACGUGAGUUACUAGAACCAGGAAAACUAUAAAAACUACAUUAACUUUAAAUGAGGCGACAUAUCUUUAAUUAUUUCACGUUAGUCCAAAGAUUUUUAAUUCAUCAGAAAGAAGACACUAUUUUCAUACUUUUAUGUUUUAUACCAAAUGCAUCUUUUGGGGAAACAUUCUCACUGAGAGAGAAAUGUUUGAACCUUAAUCUGAAGCCAUACAGCCUAUAGAAGAACCUUCAUGCAUGUUGCUUCAAAGCUCCAUCUCCAUGACUUGUUUUCUGUGCACGCUGGAUGCUUUCAUGUUGCAGGUCUUGUUACUGGUUUUCAAUGGUCACACCAGCGUUCAGCCUGUAGAAGGCUGCGCUUCUUUAUCGUGAUACUGGGCAGGGAACUUUUUUAACUGGCUUCACAGUGACACCUACUGCGUGUCCCACGUUUUCAUUGUCCAGUGUUGUUAUUUGAAUUCAUGCAUGUGCUUUAAAGGAAGGUUUUAGUGGUGAAUGUAGCUUUUUCCAUGCGAUUGUUUACCUGAAAGUUUAAACAGUUUGAACUCUGGAUCCCGAAACACCCUGAGUUUACAACUAUAAAUUAGAAUCAGCAGACUUUAUUCUCCUAAAUUCAGGCUGCUCCGCUGGGAAAGGUGAAGGCAUCAAUUACAAUCAGCCUCGCGAGCUGAGAGGUUUCUCUUUACCUUUAAUGCCCCGCUGGUGUUUUGCAUGUUGAUUUCAGCCUUUAACUUAUUAUACUUUCAAUCCAGGCAGCCGUUGCUUUUCACCUUCUACAACAUGAUGACUCUGUGCUGCUCAGCAGAAACAAACAUGUGACGCGUGGUCCGAACGCGAGACCUGAAUCAGAGCCUAAACACUACGACGCGCUCAUCGCGUGGUAAAACGAGCAGAAACCGGUACGGUUCCUGCAGCUGGAACCACAGAGCGACUGGCAUCCGCAUCGUGACGCUGUGUCCAACCACUGUUUUUAUGCUUUGUUCGUGUCAUUCUCCAGUUUGCCUGAUCCGCCACACGAAGCACUUUAACAAAGCAGUACCUUUAUCUCUUAAACACCAAUGUUAGACAGCAAUAAGUGGCUUUACCGUAGUGUUGGCAUUGUGCAUGGCUGUCAGGUGACACAACGCAGGGAGGAGGAUUGUACUUUAUAAUGGGCCUUAGAAACGGGGAGGGGGUCGGUGGUUGUGGGUUCUCAAACUUGAUGAGCAGAUUAGUUUUCUCUCUUAGUCAUUUUUUAAUCUGUGUCUGUAGGAUUUAUGUUUGUUCAUUCUUUGCCGUUUGCAGGUUAAAAUUUUGCAAUAAUUAGAGUUUUUUAUUUUAUAUACACAUGAAUGAGAAUAUAUAUGUAAAUGGAGGAACCAUAUAUAAUAAUAAUAUAAUGUGUAUUUAUUAUGAUGUUGAUGAUGUACAAAUCUGAACGAGGACAAGGGUGCACUUUCUUGUUGACUAAUGUUUCAGCAUUCCAUUCCUGUAAUGACCAGUGAAACUAACAACCAGAAGUAUGUCAGAAAAUAUAUACACCAAAAUAAAGUUUGACUUUAUAACA